UUCUGUGGUCAGUUCACUCGCUUCGGUGCAGCGAGUAGGUCAGAGAUUGGGGAGUGAUGUGUGUCGUUAAUUUCGUGACAUUCCUUAAAGCAAGUUCCGGGUGAACAAUCGUGUUUCUUUCCAAACAGGAUAUUUAUAUGCGCGAGUGUUUGAUUGUCACUUUUACUUUUAUUUACCUGACAAAUUUGCGUCUUCUCCAACCGGGAGUAAUCGUGUCCGCGAGUGUCUGUUCGCCAACGUUUGAACGUAGUGGACGGAUCAAGAUGAUGCUUAGGCAGGAGGGGAUGCCUGUGGGAUUCUGCAAAUCUUAAGCGGACGCUUAGUAAAGGGAUUUCUUCAGAAGAAUUAACAAGAUCAAGUGACCGAGAUCAAGAAGCCCUGAAAAAUAUGUGCCAGUAUGUCCGAGAGCGUCGUGCAAGCAGCAGCGUGCGACACCGAGAAGAGGACCUCGUCGCUCUACGUUUUCCCAGGUCCAGGUCAACCGUCACUACCUCCGCCAUUGUCGUUAGCCCUAUCUCUGGUAUCCGAAUCCUCAUCAACGUCAUCCUCACCGAGCCUAGCUCAUCAACAUCAGCAGCAGCAGCAGCAGCUGCAGCCGCUACCGAACCAGCCGCAGCCAAGUGUCUCGACGAUUUCAACGACGUUGUCGAACGUCGUGAGCGCAGGGAUAGGAUUAGGAACAGGAAGACCGGUGAACUCGAAGACACAUGCCAGGUCGGCGAGUCACGGCGGAGUCCUCGCGAGCUCGAGCUUGCAGGCCGUCUCGGCUGGUGCGUUGGGUCGACCUUCGGCCUUGAAGAAGCCAGGUCAUCAGAGGGCCUUCAGCCAAGGUCAAGUCGUGGAUGUACAAGGUCAACCGGUGAGCGGACACAGCCGCGUUGGCUCAAAGACCGACUUCAUUUUGCCUCCUGGACAUCGGGAAGAACCAAGACCAACCAGCAACUCCAAAGUCCCUUCCUUUCGUGGCCAUUCCCGGCAAGCUUCCAGGUCAGAGUCGAUAUACACUAUUCGACGUAGCGCAGCGCCACCAUGGUGGAGGAGAGCGUGGGCACGAUGCUUUGGGUCCAUUCCGGAGGAACCGCGACUCAGAACUAUAGUCCCAAAUCAUCUGGUACCACCAAAGACGCCAAAGAGUCAGCAUCCCAAUGGCAUCAGGGUGGACAACAGGGUACGCACAACGAAGUAUACGGCACUGAGCUUCCUGCCACGUAACCUCUUGGAGCAAUUCCACCGUGUCGCAAAUCUCUACUUUAUCUUCAUAGUAUUACUAAACUGGGUUCCUGCCAUCAAUGCCUUCGGCAAGGAGGUCGCCAUGAUACCCGUCGUCUUCGUACUCGGCGUUACAGCUCUCAAAGACUUCUUCGAGGACAGACGACGCCUUGCAAGCGAUCAGCGAGUCAACAAUUCGACCUGUCGGGUUUACGCAAUAGAGGGUGACAGGUACAAGAAGGUGGCCUGGAAGGACGUCAAGGUGGGCGACCUGGUUCAUCUGUCGAACAAUGAAUUAGUACCGGCUGAUCUUUUGCUACUGAGAAGCAGCGAUCCGCAGGGUCUUGCCUACCUGGAUACUUGCAAUCUUGACGGGGAGACGAACCUGAAGCAGCGCCAGGUCGUCCGUGGCUUCCUGGAUAUUCAGGAUACCUUUCAACCUUCGAAGUUCCGCUCAGUUGUUGAGGUCGAUCAACCGAGUACGAGGAUCUAUAGGUUUCAUGGUGCAGUGGUGCAUCCUAGUGGAGCCAGGGUGCCUGUUUCCACGGAGAACCUUUUGCUGAGAGAAUGCUUGCUUAAGAACACAGACUUUGUUGAAGGUAUCGUUGUUUAUGCUGGUCAUGAGACCAAGGCUAUGCUCAACAAUGGCGGACCAAGAUACAAGAGAUCACGUCUAGAGCGACAGAUGAAUCUGGAUGUGGUUUGGUGCGUUGUAAUACUGGUGGUAUUGUGUAUAGUCGGUGCAGCAGGUUGCAGAUUAUGGCUCUCUACGUAUACCUCAGGGUUACCCGUACCCUUCCUUCCCACACCUCAGGAUCCAAGCUACGAGGGUAUGCUUACCUUUUGGACUUUCGUCAUCAUCCUUCAAGUGAUGAUACCGCUUAGUCUCUAUGUGACCAUUGAGAUGGCUAAGGUGGGUCAAGUCUACCAUAUUGGACAUGACCUGACACUUUAUGACUCAGAAAGCGGCCGGAGAGCCGAGUGCCGUGCACUCAAUAUUACCGAAGAACUUGGUCAGGUGCAGUACGUCUUUUCGGAUAAGACAGGUACUCUUACAGAAAACAAAAUGGUAUUCAGGAGGUGCGCUAUCAGUGGUCAGGAUUAUGCGCAUACUGGCGAGGGUGAAAACCUGAUAGCUAAUACCAGAUUGAAGGAAGACUUAUUGAUAGGCAACUAUAGGCAUCGUCUUCAGGAGUUUCUAGUCCUUCUGGCAGUAUGCAAUACAGUGGUAGUCAAUGCACAUCCUCAUCACGACAAUAUGAACUCGAGUGGAGUUAUCGAAGAACCGCAGAAGAAUGGCGGUCCUGCUAGGUACGUUAGGUUAACAGAAUCCAGAAGCGUAACGCCAAGUCCUCCGCCGACAUUGAAUUCCGCUGCGCCGCUCUCGCCAGUCGCGUCCUCGACGAACAGAACGUCAUCCUGCGCGACGAAUCUGCGAGGUCCUGUGGCUAGUAAACUUUCCAGGCCUAAACUACUUAACGUCCCGUCUAUCCCCAACCUGGGCAUGUCUCUGCUUACGAGAAAACAGUCACCUACGCAGUCGCGCAAUUUCAAUUCGAGUAACGGUCAGUCAACAGAACCUCCAUCGAUUUACGAAGCUGAGAGUCCUGAUGAGCUUGCCUUAGUUCAUGCCGCACGAGCUUACGACGUUAAGCUGGUUAAAAGAACCCCGAACACUGCUAUUGUCUCUCUGCCAGAUAAGUCGACACUAGCUUUUGAAAUUCUUCACGUACUACCGUUUGACUCCAGUAGGAAAUGUAUGUCCAUUGUUGUACGUCAUCCUCACACGGGCGAAAUAGUCUUGUACAGCAAGGGUGCUGAUUCUACCGUUUUGGCAUCAUUGACAUCGAAUGAUGAAGAUUCAAUGAUGAUCAGCAAGAUCAGACAACAGCUUCACUCCUACGCAAGACAGGGUCUGCGUACGCUGGCUAUGGCGCGACGGUCUCUCACUCUUCAGGAGUAUGAAACUUGGAGGCAAAGACACGUUGAGAUCGAAUUGUCUACGGAUAGUCGGGAACGUCGGAUACGAGACUCAUACGCCAGUCUCGAGUCCCACUUGACUCUUUUAGGAGCCACUGGAAUUGAGGACAAACUUCAGUCAGGAGUACCCGAAGCGAUAUCGGCUCUGAUCGCUGCAGGAAUCGUCGUUUGGGUUUUGACAGGAGACAAACCGGAGACUGCAGUGAAUAUUGCGUAUUCUGCGCGCUUGUUUUCCCCUGCCAUGCAACUACUAAGGCUGCAGGCCAGGUCCAAGACAGUCGCUGAGACUCUGAUCCACGGUUAUCUGGAAGCCAUUGAACAAGAGACUGCGAGCAGGAUGGUUGACUAUCCUGGUGAAAAUGCGUUGGCUGAUCCCGAUUCGGCUGAACAUGUAGCACACAGAAUUGGUUCCUGGAGGCAGAGGGCCUUAGUGGUGGACGGGAAAACGCUUACCUUUAUUUUGGAUCCUAGAUCAGGCCUAACUGGACCGUUUCUCGACUUGACCCGAAGAUGCGCCAGUGUGCUUGCUUGUCGUGCUACUCCACUGCAAAAGGCAUACAUAGUCCGGAUAGUAAAGGAACAGCUAGGCAUGAGAACUUUAGCCAUCGGCGACGGUGCCAACGAUGUCAGUAUGAUCCAGACAGCCGACGUCGGCGUCGGUGUCUCAGGGCGCGAAGGUACGCAAGCUGUCAUGGCAUCCGAUUUCGCAAUUGCCAGGUUUCCCAUGCUCACCAGACUCCUCCUACUUCAUGGCCAUUGGUGCUACGAUCGUCUCUCGAGGAUGAUCCUUUAUUUCUUCUACAAGAACGCGACCUUCGUCUUCCUUAUAUUCUGGUUCCAGCUGUACUGCGGCUUCUCAGGAGCAGUGAUGAUCGACCAAAUUUACUUGAUGCUGUACAAUUUAUUCUUCACGUCACUGCCACCACUUGCUCUGGGCAUUUACGAUCAGAUAGCCUCGGACCAGGUGCUCCUAGCUAAUCCUCAAUUAUACAGAAGAGGUCGGCUGGGUCUGGUUUAUCAGCCUCACUCCUUUUGGAUAACAAUGGCCGACGCCCUAUAUCAGAGCAUCGUUAUAUUUUUCAUAACCGAAGCCGCCUAUCACGACUCCGAUGUAGAUAUUUGGGAAUUUGGUACUACAAUAACAACAUCCUGUAUAAUAGUUAUGCUGGUUCAUGUUGCAUUAGAAACAAGAUCUUGGAUGAUAAUUCACGCUGGCGCAAUACUGGCGUCACUUUGCAUUUUCUUUGGAUUCUGUCUCAUAUACAAUACAGUCUGUGUAAAUUGCAUGGGUCUACCAGGUUCCUAUUGGGUCGCUCUAGUCGCCAUUCGUAGACACAUCUAUUGGCUAACCGUACUGCUUGCAUCUGUGCUGGCCUUGUUACCCAGACUGACGUACAGAGCCAUCAAGGCGUCCGUGGCACCGGACAUGAUGCAACGUGCUGUUUUCGAAAGCUCCAGAGGAAUUCAUGGUCAACAGCGGAUAACAGGAAGAGGUGAGGCUCUUGUUGCCGAUUGGUCGCGUUCGACGCAGCAUGCUACCAUAAGGUAAUCCAGAUCAGUGACUACGCAGAGGUUCACGGCCUGAAGGUUAUGGGGCCAAAAAUAACGGUUUAACGACAGUCGUCGCGUAACUCCAGGAGGAAUUCCCUCUCCGUUCUCGCAGUCACCGUGUCUCUUGCAUCAGGGAACCAAUAAUCCUGAGGAUGGGACAUUGGGACAUUAGGACACACGCACAGGAUUCAUCCUGGGUAUGAGAUUCCAGAUAGGGCGCACCAAAGUACAAUGGCCGAUCGCUCCACAAGGACUGAUCUUGUUCCUGGACCGGCCCACACUCAUCGGUUUCAACAACCAGUGUACAACACCGAGACGAACCUUCGUAAUCGCUCCUGUACCUGCAACGACGAUGCUCCUUCUUGACAUUAAUUUUAAUCUUUAAUUCCGGAUUUCCGUUCAAUCGACGCCUCUCUUCGUUGUCUGCAAAAGGGUAGAACUUUACUCCUGCCUCACCAUGCCCCACCGCGCAACUCUUUGUCACGUUAUACUUUGAGUCUGAAACUUGCUAUAGUAAUGUGCUACUUAUCACUUGCCAUUCGUUCUACUUUCUAAUCACUUCUUAAGACACAGUGUCCCCUCGACAAGGAAUUCUGCACUAUUGGAGACAGACAAUACGCAGUGCCCAGGAGGUCUACGUGAAAGUUCCUUCCUUAUCUUUUGUCCCUUCGGGUAAAAUGACAUGUUUGUCCUGACGUUAUGAAAUGUCAGCCUAAUCAUAUCCUCCUUAUGGCUAAUUGCGUUUUUUUUUUUAGAAUUCUAAAAAUCCCACUGUUAAACGUGGUACUAUGAAAAUAGCUGGCACUUGACCUCCCAGGAGAUAUAAGGCCAAAGCAGUCGGUACUUUUGAGAAUUGUUUUGCAACAAGACCGUUCGAAAGACUGAAGAAGGAACGUAGAAGCAUGGAAGAGCUUUUAUGCCGUCAUGGAAACUGACUUGAGGAAGAAACGAAGAAAAAUUGAGGACGAAGAACGGAUAUCGAUAAUUGCAUUUACACGUCUGUAGUAAAUCACGUCGCAUGUUUUGCGAAUCUGCUAAAGAUAUUUCGUGAUUUCACA